AUGGCUGGUGUUUCUGUGCGUGAGAUGACUACCAAGUUUGGGAAAUUAGAGAAGUCUGGAGGAGUCGAAUUCAGAAGAUGGUAUGAUCACAACCGUGGAAUGAUAUGGUUAGUGACUGGCGUAGGCCAUGUACAUUAUGCUAGGAUGCUUGAAAUGUCGAAGGAAGGUUUAAUUCCUGGUUUUGACAUGAAUGUAGAGAAAUGCAGAACAUGUAUGUUGACUAAGAUAACUAGGAAGAAAUUUGAUAGCAUUGUUAGGGUAUCGGAAGUCCUUGGACUGAUUCAUAGUGAUUUAUGUGAUUUGCAUGCUACACCAUCUCUGGGGAAUAAGAAAUAUUUUGUCACAUUCAUUGAUGAUUAUUCCAGAUAUUGUUCUGUAUAUUUGUUGCACUCUAAGGAUGAAGCCUUAGAGAAAUUCAAGGUUUACAAAACUGAGGUUGAAUUGCAACAAAGUAACUUGAUUAAAAAGUUACGCACCGAUAGAGGUGGUGAGUAUUAUGAUCCUGCUUACUUUCAGUCUGUGGGUAUAAUACAUGAGGUCACAGCUCCUUAUACACCACAACAAAAUGGUGUAUCUGAGAGGAAGAACAGAGUCCUUAAAGAAAUGGUUAAUUCCAUGUUAUCCUACUCUGGAUUGAGUGACGGUUUCUGGGGUGAGGGCAUGUUAACAGCAUGUUACUUGUUGAACAGAGUUCCUAACAAAAGGAACAAGAUAACCCCAUAUGAACUUUGGUACAAAAAGAAGCCUAACUUGAACUACCUUCGAGUUUGGGGCUGCAGGGCUGUAGUAAGACUACCCCAACCAAAGAUAAGAACUUUGGGAGAAAGAGGUAUUGAUUGCAUCUUUAUUGGUUAUGCUGAGCAUUCCAAGGCUUAUAGGUUCUAUGUCAUUGAACCUAAUGAUUCUAUAGCAGUUCACACUGUGAUUGAGUCAAGAGAUGCAAUAUUUGAUGAGAAUCGUUUCACAUCAAUACCUAGACCAAAGGAUCUGGUUUCGUUUGGAACUGGACAAGGAGAUGGUACAAACGUACGUUCCAACAUCUCGGCUUGUGUUCCAACAACCAGCGAGUCACCUGUACUUCGUAGAAGUAAGAGAGGAAGGAUUGAGAAAUCAUUUGGUCCUGAAUUCCAAAUUUAUUUGGUAGAAGGUUCAAGAGAUGAGAUUGUUCUACAAUACUCAUAUUGUUACCUAGUUGGUGAUGAACCUAGGACAUUCAGUGAAGCUAUGGCUUCAUUGAUGCUGCUUUCUGGAAAGAAGCUGUAA